ACGUCCUCGUCGACGUCCUCAGCCUAACUCUACUAGCUACUAGAUAUAAUUUUUACAGGCUGACUGGAUCGGAUGCCCGCCACUGACGAUGCACGGACGUCGACCCUAGGCCACCACAGGAUAUACUAAUAGUCUCGCAAGAAGACGCGACCCCUAUCUCCCCUCCCCUUCUCGAUCUCUCCUCGACCGAACUCACGACCAGACUUCCCUUACAUCGUCUACGAACUACAAACACUGGCCCAAUUCUUCAUUCAUAAUACAGAGGUGCAAAGAACAACUCUCCAGGUCUGUUCGUGACCAACGAGUCCGUCUAUCGAGAACUUCAAACGAUCCGGACCGGACCGGUUGAAACGAACAUGACGACCUACGAUCCCACCCCCUCUUCCUCCCCUUCGUCUCUCUUCUCUUCUCCUCGGGUACUACAACCGCCCUUUCAAAGUCCCGGCUCGACGAGGAGAAAGAUCGCUUCCACGGGUAUUCAACAGGAUGACGAUCUCGCUACCAGCACUACCAACAACGUCAGAGUGCAAGGAAGACCUCGCCGGGAGAGCCGGAACGACCUGUUCAGUAUGGAUUGGAAGUGGAGAGGACAAGCUACGGGGACCGAAGUCGAUCCGAGUCUGAGUGUGAAGCGGGAGGAAGUCGGUCAAGUUGGCGGUCCAGGGGAAAGGUCUGGAUCUGGGCUGUUCGGGCUAGGGAUCCAGGCCAUAGCAGGAACUGGAGCGGGCGAUCAGGUUGGGCCGCCAUCGUUGGCGGCACCCUCAUCCUCGUUGCUCCCCAGCCCAAAUCUUGUCACACCCAGGACCACCUGCACAACCCCAGCGAAAAGCAUCAGGACGGCAGUGCUCGACUCCCCCUCUCCUCCUUUGUCGUCCUUGCCGUCCACUCCGGCCCCUAUUCGUUCGGGUCCAGGCCAGAUCGAAUCCAGCCUCGCAUCCAACUUCGAUCUCAACCUGGAUCUGAACCUCGACACGAACCUGGAGAUCGAGCUCAAAGUCGACCUCCUCAGCCGUCGUACUAAACUCGGGUCGGGGAGGUAUUCGAACGUGCAUCUGGGUAGGUUCAGGUCGGCUCUGAACGAUGAUGAUACCAACGACAGCAGGAACGACGAACAAAACAGCGAUAACGAUCAGAGCAAAGCGAGUGCAUCAAUGAGAGAGGACUUGCCGGACGAACAAGAUGGGCUGAACAGGACCGGCUGGAACAUCUGCGCCAUCAAGGUAUUUAACGGGGAUGAAGAAGGAUGGACGAUGGCUAGGAAGGAGAACGAAGUCGGAGCCAGGCUGUGCCGGGAUGACGGGUCGAGCUCUACCAGUUCCCUCUGGGGAGGAGAAGCAGAACAAGGCAGGGUAUUGAGGAGGUUUGGGCUGGUCAGGGAAGACCAGGUCGGACAGGAAGAAGACCUCGAACACACCUUGAGGCAGGCAGGAUUGCUUACCGGGUUGCAUUCAAGGAAUGGAUCUGGAUCUGGGUCCAUGGUUGGGUCUCCACGACCGAAUGUGAGCUUGAAUCAGAGUAGAGACGCAAUCAUCAAGGGCUUGGACGCCCUGGGAAGAGGGUUGCCAAGCAGGUUGAUCUUGAAGGAAGAGGAGAGGCGGAUCGUGAGCGAUAGCAACCUUGUUCAACGCGGGACCACGCCGGCGCAAGGAAUCCGAGCAAGAGGGAGAAAGAGCCUCGGUGGGGAUCUCCCUCGUCCCAUGCUCAUCCUCGAAUACCUACCUGGAGGUACGGUUGAGGCGUUUGUCAAACGCUCCCCGGAUAAGGUGGACGUCGUUCUUUGGACAAAGUGGUUGAAACAAGGUCUCCAGGCGCUCGAUCGGAUGCACCGGAACGGGGUCGUGCAUUGUGAUCUCAAACCGGCCAACUUGUUGUUGGACGACGACUUGAACCUGGUCGUCGCCGAUUUCUCAUCGAGCGUGAUCAUAGCGGACGAAAACGAUCCUCCGACAGAUGGGAUCGGACGAGGGACCCCGCCUUACUCGUCCCCCGAGAUGGUCGACCCUUGUCCUACCCGAUCGUUUGGGUAUGCCAGCGACGUCUUCUCCUUCGGGGCGACCAUGUACUCGUUGAUCACCGGUUGUGAGCCGUUCCGAGGUGUCCGGUCGAUCGAGCUCAUGUGGAACGUCAGGAAGGGCAGAUUUUGGGAGUGGGAAGAGAGGGCGAGAUUGAUGCGGGUCGAACGGGUCGGGUUGCCAGUCACGCCUACUAGUACCACCCCCGGAUCGGCUAGCACUACGAUGACUAGGACGGCGUUCGCGGUGGCCUCGCCCCCGUCUACGUCCAUGAGCAUCGGACAUGGUUAUCGCCCGAGCACCAACGUCAAGUCCAACUUCCACACCAAGAACGAUGGAGUGCGACGGACGGGCAGUCUGAGGGAAUCCGUCCUCUCCGAGCAUAGAAGCUUCGACCGCCCGAUAUUGCCUCGGAUGAGCUCGAGCGAGUUGUUGAUCGUCACACCCGAUACCAGCCCUACGAGCGUGUCCCAUCCCCACGUCGUUGGCAACACCGGCGUCGGCGUCGAUGGGAAAGACGCUCGUGAUCCCGCUAGAGACCUAUUCUCUUUGGCUUCCCGUGAACAGUCGCAAGGACUGGACGACCCGGCGGACAAGAAGGAAAAGGCCAAGACACUCCGAAUCGAUACGCGGUUGAGCAACUCGGUCGCUCCCUCUGCCCUGACUCCCUCGCUCUCUUCUUCAUCGGUGGCGAUGAUGCCGAUAGAACCGUAUUCCGAUGGAACGCCAGCGAUGGUACACCUUAACGGUUUGGACAGGGUAGACGAGUUGGUCUGGAGGAUGUUGAAGAGGAUGGUCGAUCCGGUAGCGGAGAACCGGGGGUCGGCGAGGGAACAUUUGGACGAGAUGUUCGGGAUGACGAAUUUAUAAUGCGUAGGUGGAAAGGUGAUGUUGAUGUGUAACGUUUGUAGACAAAGGAGUAGACGUAAGAAAAACGUUGUAUUGCAAUGAAAUAUGAUCGAGCCUGUA